UGUAAAUACUUGUGACUAGUGACUAAUUAAAGAGAAAACCAAAAAACACUUUGAUUAAGUGAAUUAUCUUGUGAUAAAAGACUUGUGAUAUCAGCUUUCUGAACCACAAGCAUGUCAAACAAUAUGCUGUUAUUUUUCAUCCUGGGAUACAUUGUUAUUGGUGCUACAGAGGGUCUGCAAUGUUACAGUUGUACAUACGCUAUAGGACAGGAUAAAGCUUGUGUAAUAGAUCCAGCUAAUGUAACCACAGCAAACAUUGCAAAUUGUAAAAAUGAAACAACAAGUUGCUAUAGUUACAGACAGUUCCAAAAAGGUGAUGGCACUUUAAGGACAUUUGGCAGGGGAUGUAAUGAUGCCCCAUACAAAGAGCAAUGUUCCGGAGAUGAAGACCGACUUUUCCAGACAUGUUACUGGAUUUGUAACCAAGGCAAUCUGUGUAACUAUAGAAACCGUGAUUUGGGCACUGGCACCCCAUCUAUCCCAUCAGCCACCGCAACACCCACAAAACCAUCAAAUGUAGGAACAGUUUCAUAUGGAUCGACUUCACUGCUAGCAUUAGGGAUGAUGCUAUCCUAUGUUGCUUUUGUUGUAUCAACAGAUUAAAGACUAUCCUCAUGAAGUAACACUGAUUAUUCUGCUUAUGAAGUAUAAGAGAAUCAAGAAGUUUAUAUAGUAUUAUGUUGAAUAAAAUAAAAUGGAACACAAUGGGUUAACAAAAAAUGUCACCACAUGGCGCAACAAUUGCUGAACACCCAUCAUAAUAAUGUUGGCUAUACAAUACCCCCCCCCCUUUUGUGGUGACAUAAUGAUGAGAAAGGGAAAAAAAACUUAAUCAGCAAAUAGUCUUGAGGAAAACUAAUAACAACAUUUUUUGUAAUGGAAUGAAAAAACUUUCCUUUGAAGCCAAGCAGUGUUCAAGUACUGUACUUAUUUUGACUUUUUUAAGAAAAUUAGAGAUAUAGGAGGGACAAUUCCAGGAAUAAAUCAAACCCUUUGAUUACAAAGGUGUUGAACUUAAAGAUGCAUUCAUUGUUCAAGUUGCUUCACUGUGCAUAGGUCUCUCUAUUAUGCUAUCAAUAGUACAAUUACUACAAUAAAAUCUGUAAUCUGAACACCUCUCAAUUUUAACACCUUUAACCUAUCACAAUUUUGUAUUCUCCCAUUGACUUCCAUGUUAAAACUUGAAAUUUGAAAAACUCCUAUUCUGAAUACUUUUUGCCAGUCCCAGUAGCAUUUGGAUUAAACAGGUCAUAUUGUAAAAUGAUUCUCAGGUAAACGAUUCAAUAAGUACUUAGUACCUGUAGAAAACAAUCUAGUUAUCGAUCACAGUCAUUCUAAAGAAAUAUACAAACAUUGUUUAAUCUUUAAACUCACCUUUAUGUCAAAAAAUAACUUCCAAAUGUAUGUUUAAGGGGGCAAGGCUUAUAAUGAUGUUUUGUCAAUGCCAUGAAAUACAUUUUCGCAUCAG